GACGAGUGACAUCCCGCAUUUCGUAUUGAUUUUUCACUUUUGCUGGCAAGUGGUGGCUUAAUAAAUUUCUGGGUGAAUUGGGCUAAGCCUAUUAUAUCAAAGAUUUGCUGUGCGGUUGCGGACAACUUCCAGGAUGUCGAACCGCCACAUGCGUCGCGCGUUGGAGCGGUUGCAGCUGCAGUAUCCGAUGCCGAAUCCCGACCUGGAGCCGCUGGAGCUGGAGGAGGUCCCUGAGCUGGCCCUGCCCGACAUCAACCCUUAUCAGGAGCUCGCGGCGAUCCUUGACUACGAGAACGAGGAGCGGUCGACCCCAUCUGACCCGGAGUUUGAUUUUGAUCAGGAGCUCGUCACAUCGCCUGAACCGGAUCAUGAGUCCGAUUCGGAAUCCCGAGCGGCGGAUGAUAUCGGACCCAAUCCGGAUAGCGAGCCGGCUGGCGUGCCGCAGCCUGGACACAGUGGUGAACAGGUUGCCGAGCCCCAGCCUGGACCCAGUGGUGAACUAAUUGCCGAGCCGAAGCCUGCACCCAGUGUUGAACCAGUUGCCGAGCCGCAGCCUGGACCCAGUGGUGAACUGGUUGCUGAACCGCAGCCUGGACCCAGUGGUGAACUGGUUGCUGAACCGCAGCCUGGACCCAGUGGUGAACUGGUUGCUGAACCGCAGCCUGGACCCAGUGGUGAACUGGUUAUUGAACCGCAGCCUGGACCCAGUGGUGUACUGGCCGCCGAGCCGCAGCCGGGAUCGAGUGGCGAACCGGAUGCCAAAUCGGAAUCCGGCUUGGAAGCCGAUCGGCCGAUCGAACCCAAACCUGGACCUUCCAACUACAAACCAUCGCGCAGGAGCAGGCGUCGAGCCAACAGGCGCCAACGCCUCCUUGAUGAGCUAGAGGAGAUUGAAAGAAAUUGCGAGGAGCGGAGGGCUGCUGCGUCCAAGGAAGACGAUGAGAGGUCGGACGAUCUCACAGACAGAUUAUCCCCAAGUACUCGUUCAAUUUUUUCCACGGAUAACGGUUCACCGGGCCCUUACGACGAGGUACACGUCGCGAAUAAGUUUCCCUCUGGAGAGUCCGAGAGCAGUUUCACUGUGGAAAGCAAUGAAAGCAGCGGCGCAGAGUACGUAUGCAUUACCCCGGACCCGUACAGGAACGGACUCUUAGAGGUGGAAGACACAGACGAGUCGAUGACGAUUCCGUCGCUAGCUUCGAACCAACGCGACUCGUACUAUUCGCCGACCCCGCCGUCCUCUGUCGAAAGUCUCACCAAGUCGUACGAUGACGCGUUCGAGGUUUGGCAGGUCAACGAGGAGGUGGCCGACGCCCUGCUCACUAUAAAGUCGCACAUUAUGCGCGUCACGCCCGAGAUGCGACGACUCUUCGGCUCCGAUGUUCCGGUCGAUAAACGCCGCAAGAAAACUCCCCGCGAACGGAUUCUUCGCAAGUCUAUCAUCAUCGAGUACCCGGAGGAUCUUCUGCGUCCUUACAACCACAGUCUGACUAUGUCGUCGUGCAAGGGCCCCAAUAACACCGUCAUCUUUAUGUUCGACCACACUCCUGAGCAUCAGAAACUUCACCGCGAAUUCUUGGACAUGGUGCGCAUGGGCGGGUCUAAGCUGCUCCUCAACUUGGAUGCGGCUCAAGAGAACAUUCACGUCGAGUCCAUGAUUGAGAUAUUCGACGCGAUGUGCCGCGACGACAACUUUGGUGGCGCUCACCACCUGAUCCAAGUGAUCGUUGCCAUGCUGCAGUACGCCACCAAGCCAUCCUUCAACCUUGCUGACCGUCAGUGCCGCCUGCCCUAUCGGUACAUCGAGAACCGGCCGUUCCACAUUGCGAUGCUCAAAUAUAUGUACUUAUUAUCCAACAAGGCGCGACAUCGCACCGCAUUGGAGAUGUGCAAAAUGAUGUUCAAUUUGGACCCGACCGAUCCCCUGGCGCUGCUGUUCGUGAUCGACACGUUCGCGCUACGUGCCAGGGAAUUCCGCUGGCUCGUGGACGUACUAGAGUUCUGGUCGUAUGACCGCAACGCGAACCUCAUGUUCAACAUGCUGUUCUCGCAUUCCCUGGCCUUCUUCCACCUGGUCAAGAAAUCGGAGGACGAAACCGACCAAAGAUUCGCGGGCGAGCUGCUGCAGAACGCGAUCAUCCGUUUCCCAUACGUGAUCACUGCGAUCAUGAGCAACAUUGACUCUCCCGCCUUCAGGGAGCUGAAGGAGAGCGAGUUCUAUGGACAAUUCGCCCGCAGCAGCACCAGCGCGUCCAUGAUCAAGCUGAUGGAUAUCUACGCGCGGCUGACCUGGCCGCGCUGGUACGAGCCCGUGGUCGUCGGCUGGUUCCUGCACAACGCGCGCGUCAUGGCCGAACAGUACAUCGUGGACCCCGAGAUUCAGUCGUCGGCCCACUUCUACGCCACGUACCGCGCGCGCAUGUUCGUCGGGCUGCCCGAGGAAGUGUUGCGCCACUUUUGCAUCGUCAGCCCGAUUUCCAACUGGGUGCUCGAUGGCAUCGAAGUGCCCGUCGUGAGCUCGUUCGACGGAUUCGACCCGCUCCCCCCACCGGAUGAGAUUGACCGCUACGGAUACAAAACACGCCCGGCGUCGCCUGUCCCGAUGCCCACCGACUGGGUCGACUGGCUCGAAGACGGUGAGGUGCUCAACAUUGAUUUCGACGAUAUCGAUGUGGGGUCUUACGAUUACACCUACACCCAGACCGUGGUCGUUCGGCACCGUCACAAGGGCCGUGGAAUGGCUAACCGCGGCCCCUUCCCGUCCGGCUCCACUGCCGACGAGGGCCGCAAGGGCAACGGCAGGAACCUCACCAGGCGCCUCAAUGAGAUCCCUCGCGCACGCCACUUCCAGAACCAUUUCCGCUGAAGGUUAGCGAGUGCCCAAAAGCCCUCGGAUGCUGCAGGGAUAAUAAAAAAGUCGGAUGUGAUAGUAAAUGCCUAUUUUAAUAAUCUUAUAUUUUUAUCACAUUUCGGCUGUAUUUUACUAGAAACACGGAAAAUUGUGAAAAAAAAGGAAAAAAAUAAAAAUGCUGAAAAAAGGGAAAAUUACUAAAAUCAAAAUUGUCUGUUUGCAAAAAAAUGUAAUAACACUUUAAUCAAUAAAUAAUAAUUGUCGUUGGUUAUUCACGACAUAAUUAACUUUAACCUAAACAGAUAGUUAUGGGCAACUCUCUCUAAGUCGCGGGCUAGCGUACCUAAGGUGGGAGGUCUCUUCUAUGCCAGAGACCGGCUGGGGAAGUACCACCGCGUUGUCUAUUUCUGCCGCCAGGUCGCAGUGCAAGAACUGUUGUGUUGCGGUCGGAAGGACAGCGUAGCCAGUAUCUAUAACUUGCAUAGUUAGACUAAACCUAUGGUGCAUACGACUAUUAGGUCAUACGACUUAAUGAGUCAUGUCAUUGCUUCUGUGUAAGGGCGGGCGCGUCGCUUACCAUCAGGCGAGCUACUAGCUCUUGUCGCCACUCGUGAUAAUAACAUCGACUGUACUGCAGCCGUCACUACGCGGUAGACUCGAGUUAUUAUCGCGAUAUUAUAGGUAUUGCUGUUGUUCUGUGCACAUACACGUUUAUUGUAAUACUUAAAUAAUUAAGUUUAAACGUCGUUCUAAUUGGCUCCGAACUUGCAGUUUUCACUAACUAUAAUAUAUCGGUAUUGUCAUCGGGACGGAUUAGAGCAUGUAUCAGCUGUCCGGCCCGUGUUAGCCCAUAUCUAUCUGUUGACAAAUAAUGACGAGAAACAAUUGAUGUGUAGAAAAAAAAUAGAAUAAAAUACAAAAAAAUCAAUAAAAAUAUUAAAAUACAACAAAAAAGAAGAUUAAAAAUAAUCAAAUACAAAAAAAGAUUAAAACAAACAAAAAAACAAAAAUAUGUAAAAUUAAGUGAUCUAUCUUUAAUUUUAUUUUUCUUAUUCAAAUCUGUUUACGAUUAGUUGCUGUUUUCCGAAUUAAUAUUAUUUACUGAAGAGUACAAUUAUUUUUGUAAAGUAUUUUUGAUUAAUGUGUUUUGAAUUUAUUUUAUUGGUUAUCAUGAUCUUUUUAUGUGAUUACAGUAACCCUACAUUCAUGAGUUAGUAUUACUUGAUUUUACGAUAAUACGUUCCUCUUAAGUGUGAUAAUGAAGUACAUUAAUUUGUGAUAUUAAAAUUAUUUUUAAUUUAUACUGAUAUAUUAUUCUCAGUUGGCGAUAAAACUUUAGGAUAUGCUUUUACUAAAAAUAAAUUAAAUUGUUAAAAACAAUUGCACUUGGUGUACUCAACGACUGCUUUUAUAGAACUAUGCAUUAUUUUGGAUUUUAUUUUAUCUUAUAAUAAGACUAGAUUUUGCACGCAAAAACUGAGUAAUUAAGUAUUAAGUAACAUUGAUUUUAGCUUCUAGUAUAAGUUAAUAAGGAAAACUGAAUUAAACUAUCGUUUUAGAAUGAACUUUCCGCCCUCAAUUUUGUUAGAUCCUUUCUAUACAUUUUAACGAUAUUUAUGAAUUGUACUACUUAAGAUAACAUAAGUGAUGUUAGUAUUAGACACUAUUAAUUGUAAGACAAAAUAUACAUAUAUUCCUAUCUUGCUCUGGCGACUGAGACGCAGAUUUAAGAAACAUCGCAUUAAAAAUAUACUAACUGAUUUUAAUAUUCAGAACACUGCUUCAACACUUAGUUUUCUGUUUGAUUUAUCUAUAACUAAUUUAAAUUGUAACUGGCAACUUGUUUUGAGUUGUAUUUGUAUUGUGUUUUGUUAGUCGUCUGCCAGAGUUUGUUGCAUCAGUAUUAAUCGAACGGUAUUCAAGUAGAAGGCCAGCGUGGUGGACUAAGGCCUAAUCCCUUCAGUAAUAGAGGAGGCCCGUGCUCAGCAGUGGGCAAGUAUUAUAAUACAGGGCUGAUAUUAUUAUUAUUCAAGUAGAUGUUUGUUCUUAAAUGUGAGUACGUUACCCGUUCCGAAUACAAUUGAUUUUACGUCAAUCGGUGUUUAGUAGGGAAAGCGACAAUUUUAGAGUCAGUGACUUAUAAUUUGAUACCGCAGGGUAGUGUCUAAGAUCUAUGAGGAGAUGUGAUGAGAAUUUACGCGUUGGACAUCUAAAGGUGUCAAAUUUUAAGACUAGAAAUUGCUGCCUUCCAUAGUUAAGGUGUAGUGACUUCUGAAAGUUUCAAAAUUUUCGAAUUUACGUAAUAUAAUCAAUUAUUUGAUAAUAAAUGUAUUCUUGGUGUAA